UCCUCUCCCGCCGGGCCGCGCCCGGGGGCCCCGCGGGUCCCCGCCCGGGCGGCGGGCUCCGCCUGCGCGAGGACGAAGCCGCGGCGGCCGCCGCCGUUGCCGCCAUUGACGUCAGAGGGGCGGGCACAUGACCCCGAGGGGACCAAUCGCGCGGGCGCCCAGCGGCUUCUGCAAUCUCUCAACCGAGCCGGCCCCCGCGGCCCCCGCCGCACACUCGCCCGCGGACGGACGCCCAGACACACGUACAGUACACACGAUCGGGCGGCGGGGCCCAGACACGCCCGCCCGCGCGGCCCCCUCGCCGCCCCGCGCCCCCGCCCGCCCUCCCGUCGGCCCCGCCGCCAGCAGCCAGCGGCCAGCGGCCAGCGGCCAGCGGCCAGCAGCCAGCAGCCAGCGGCCAGCAUGCACCCGAGCAGCUAGGAGGAAGCGGAGCCCCGCAGGAAGGAGCCCGCCGCCGCGCCCCUCCCCCGCGGGGCGCCCCCCGCCCCACACCCCCCCACCUUCCUGGGGGGUGGGGGGGUGCGGGCCGCCGAACCCGGGCCCGAGUCGCCCCGGCAGCCCGGGACAGCCCCCCUGUCCCCGCCCGGCCCCCUCCCCUCCCCUCCCUUGCCCUCCCCACCCGUCCCCGGCGCGGCCGGCCAUGGAUCUGAGCAGCAGCUCUGGCGGCGGCGACCCCCGGCAGAUCGAAGAGACCAAGCCGCUGCUGGGGGGCGACGGGCCGGCCCCCGAGGGCACGAAGAUGGGCGCCGUGCCCUGCCGCCGGGCCCUGCUGCUGUGCAACGGGAUGAGGUACAAACUGCUGCAGGAGGGCGAUAUCCAGGUCUGUGUCAUCCGGCACCCUCGGACCUUUCUCAGCAAGAUCCUCACCUCGAAGUUCCUGAGGCGCUGGGAGCCGCACCACCUCACCCUGGCCGACAACAGCCUGGCGUCCGCCACGCCGACCGGGUACAUGGAAAACUCAGUCUCCUACAGCGCCAUUGAGGAUGUUCAGCUGCUGUCCUGGGAGAAUGCCCCGAAAUACUGUUUACAGCUCACAAUUCCUGGGGGAACUGUCUUACUGCAGGCUGCCAACAGCUACCUGCGAGACCAGUGGUUCCAUUCUCUACAGUGGAAGAAAAAGAUUUACAAAUAUAAGAAAGUUCUGAGCAACCCAAGCCGCUGGGAAGUUGUGUUAAAGGAGAUCCGCACCCUGGUGGACAUGGCCCUGACCUCACCACUACAGGAUGACUCCAUCAACCAGGCACCUUUGGAAAUAGUCUCCAAACUGCUCUCAGAGAACACAAACUUGACUACCCAGGAGCAUGAAAACAUUAUUGUGGCAAUCGCUCCUUUGCUGGAAAACAACCAUCCACCACCAGAUCUCUGUGAAUUCUUCUGCAAGCACUGCAGAGAGAGACCGCGGUCCAUGGUGGUCAUUGAAGUGUUCACCCCAGUGGUCCAGAGAAUCCUCAAGCAUAACAUGGACUUUGGGAAGUGCCCACGACUGAGGCUGUUUACUCAGGAGUACAUCCUCGCUUUGAAUGAGCUCAAUGCAGGGAUGGAAGUGGUGAAGAAGUUCAUUCAGAGCAUGCAUGGCCCCACAGGGCAUUGCCCCCACCCCCGGGUCCUGCCCAACCUGGUGGCUGUGUGCCUGGCUGCCAUCUACUCCUGCUAUGAAGAGUUCAUCAACAGCCGAGACAAUUCCCCGAGCCUGAAGGAGAUCAGGAAUGGCUGCCAGCAGCCCUGUGACCGGAAGCCCAACUUACCUCUGCGCCUUCUGCACCCCAGUCCGGACCUGGUGUCUCAGGAAGCCACAUUGUCAGAGGCACGACUCAAGUCAGUGGUCGUGGCCUCCAGCGAGAUCCAUGUGGAAGUGGAGCAUACCAGCACUGCCAAGCCGGCGCUGACAGCCAGUGUGGGCAAUGACAGCGAGCCCAACCUCAUCGACUGCCUCAUGGUCAGCCCGGCCUGCAGCACCAUGAGCAUUGAGCUGGGCCCUCAGGCCGACCGCACACUUGGCUGCUAUGUGGAGAUCCUCAAGCUGCUGUCAGACUAUGAUGACUGGAGACCAUCUCUGGCCAGCUUGCUUCAACCCAUUCCAUUCCCCAAAGAAGCUCUCGCACAUGAGAAGUUCACCAAGGAACUGAAGUAUGUGAUUCAGAGGUUCGCUGAAGACCCCCGACAGGAGGUCCACUCGUGCCUGCUGAGUGUGCGGGCUGGCAAAGACGGCUGGUUCCAGCUCUACAGCCCUGGAGGAGUGGCCUGUGACGAUGACGGGGAGCUGUUUGCCAGCAUGGUGCACAUCCUCAUGGGCUCCUGUUAUAAGACCAAAAAAUUUCUGCUAUCCCUGGCGGAAAACAAGUUGGGACCCUGCAUGCUCCUGGCGCUGAGGGGGAACCAGACCAUGGUGGAGAUCUUGUGCUUGAUGCUGGAAUACAACAUCAUUGACAACAAUGACACCCAGUUGCAGAUCAUCUCAACCCUGGAGAGCACGGGCGUGGGGAAGCGCAUGUAUGAGCAGCUAUGUGACCGGCAGCGGGAGCUGAAGGAGCUGCAAAGGAAAGGUGGGCCCACCAGGCUAACACUGCCCUCCAAGUCCACAGACGCAGACUUGGCUCGUUUGCUGAGCUCUGGCUCCUUUGGAAACCUGGAGAACCUCAGUUUGGCCUUCACCAAUGUAACCAGUGCCUGCGCUGAGCACCUCAUCAAACUGCCUUCUCUCAAGCAGCUGAACCUGUGGUCCACUCAGUUUGGAGAUGCUGGCCUGCGGCUCCUGUCGGAACACCUCACCAUGCUUCAGGUGCUGAACCUGUGUGAGACACCUGUCACCGAUGCUGGAUUGCUCGCCCUCAGCUCCAUGAAGAGUCUUUGCAGUUUAAACAUGAACAGCACCAAGCUCUCGGCUGACACCUACGAAGAUUUGAAGGCCAAGCUCCCCAACCUGAAGGAGGUGGACGUCCGCUACACAGAAGCCUGGUGAAGCUCCCCACCCUGCAGGAAGGAGUUUGCAAGUGCAACACAACUCUCAAACUAAUAGCCGUAGAGCGGCCUUGGCCUGGGGUCCCACCCCCAGUGUCCAGGCUGUGAGAUAGAUUGGGGAAGUCUUUCUGGGGGCAGAGGGCAAAGGGGGGAGGGGGUGGGGGGGGGGCCCGUCAGCACGCCCAGCCCCCACCUAAUUCUUUUAGCUUCAUAAUCGGAAACCUUGACCUGAUCUCAAAUGGACUUGUAGCAACCAGAGGAGCGUCAGCGGGUCAGGGAGGGGGGUGGGCUUGGGGUGGGGUGGGGGGGGCUUCGUGGAUUUUCUUUGCCUUUGUGUUUAAUGCCGUGUGGGAAAAGUCAACUUUGAUGCCACCACCAUCAUCAUCAGGAGACCCUGCCGGGCCUGGAGGGCUGACCCCAGAUGCUCUCUUGGAGGCUCCAGCCGACCUCGUCCCCCCAUGGGGACCAGAAGACCCAUCACGGCCAUCCUGUGUCCUUGCCAUCGCUAUGCAAAGUGAUUCUCGUUGUACAUAAGAUUUAAAUAACGCGCCUAUUUAAGAAAUGUUGAAAAAUUGCAGGUCUGGGACCUGCCUCUUAUUUAUGAAGUCUGACCCUCUGCCCGCCUCCCACCCCAGGCCUGUAGUUCUGUCUGAACCAGUCAGCUGUCUGUCUGUCAGGGUAGUGCUAGUAUUAUUGUUUUUUUUUUUAAAGGAAACAGACAAAACAAAACAAAAAAUGAACCUCCUUGGAAAAUUAAUUGCUUUUUCGUAAUGGAUUCCCUAUGCUAAUGCUUAGUCUGUCUGUCCACCCAGCUACCCACUCUGCAUUUCUGAUUCCCAAGUGUCUCCAGCUUCCUCACAAGGUGGGAGGUCAGUCUAGGGGAGGAGAAGGAAGUGGGGUCUCCCGUAUUGUUGUGCUCCUCUGAGGCCUGGCUUUUUUUCGGCCCCCUUUUACACAUGCAGGGGGGGGGUGCUAACCUGUCCUCCUAGUAGAGCUGUUUCCUACCCCUCCCCCAAGAGCCCUCACCUCUGGUGGCCCCUGUGUUCCUGAUCCCGAUUGAGAAUCUCCCGCCCCCCACGAUCCUGUGCUUCACGUGGCCUCCCCCCUGCAUGCCCAUGCCCACCUCUUUGCAUGGUCUCCUGGGAGAAGAGAGGGAUGCCACCUCCACCAGCCUGACUGCCCCCUGCCCUCCCCUGACCUCCCUUCCGAAAUAUGACCACUGCAGCUCAGACAUCCCCCACCCUGCCCUACCACAAACCAGCCUCCCUUUCUUUUAUACACAGUCGCCCUCACUGUACAGAACAGCCCCUUCAAGGCUGACUUGGGGCCCCCCUCCCCCCAAGCCCCACUUUCUGUUGGUUUAGCACAAAUACUCCUUCCCCCUCAACUCCUGCACCUCCAGACCUACUCCCUUCUCCCCAUCAAUGUAAUUGUUUUAUAUCUAUUUAAUCUUAUUCAAUGGAAACCAUGCUUUUGUUGUUUUAUACUUUGCUAGGUAGACUUUAUUACCCCCCCACGAUGCCCUCAUUUUUUUUAAAAAAAAAAAAAAAGGAAAAAAAAUUGGGUUUCAGUCUUAAUUCCUUUUCGUGCCAGAUUUUAUUUUGUGUGUGCGUGUGAGUAUUCUGUUUCGUGUUCUGUUUUUGUUCUCCUGUUGUUGUCGGGUUUGAUUCUCUCCCCACCCACCCCCCUUGGGUCCCAUACUCUACAGCACUCUGGUGCAGGAAGAAGCAGGAGCAAAAAAAAAAAAAAAAAUUAAAAAAAAGAAAAAGAAAAAGAAGAACCGAGACAUGCCACCUUUCCCUACGCACUGUUGCUUUUCCUGAUGGUUAAUACUACUGUCACGUAGCUGUGUUCAGAGAUGUGAAAUACUUUCAGGCAAAAAUAAACUGUAAGUGACUCAUUGA